AUGUGGCUGUGGCUGCUGGCGCUGCUGGGGCUGUGGCUGCUGCGGCGUUGGCACCGCGAGCGGCAGACGGUGCCCGGCCUGGAGGAGAAGUUCGUGCUGAUCACGGGCUGCGAUUCGGGCUUUGGCAACCUGCUGGCACGGCAGCUGGACGCGCGGGGGCUGCGGGUGCUGGCGGGCUGCCUGACGGAGUCGGGGGCCGCACGGCUGCGGUCGGCCGCCUCGUCGCGCCUGCAGACCGUCGUGCUGGACGUCACCUCCAGCAGCAGCAUCGCCGCCGCCGCCGCGUGGGUGCAGGAGCGCGUGGGGCAGAGAGGGCUGUGGGGGUUGGUGAACAACGCCGGCGUCGCCAUCCCCACCGCCCCCAACGAGUGGCUGAGGAAGGAGGACUUUGUGACGGUGCUGAACGUCAACCUGGUGGGGCUGAUCGAGGUGACCCUCAGCCUCCUGCCGCUGGUGAAGCGGGCGCGGGGCCGCGUGGUGAACGUGGCCAGCGUGAUGGGCCGGCUCUCGGCUUCGGGGGGGGGUUACUGCCCCUCCAAGUUCGGUGUGGAGGCCUUCUCCGACAGCCUCAGGUGAGUGCCGUGCUCCCCAAACAGCUGCACCUCUCCAGGCUCUGCCUGGCAGCACUGGGUUG